CUUCCGUUCUGACGUCAAGUUUGAACCAAACACACGUGGUUAAUCAAAACAUCAUGGCGGCUGGUUUCAAGACCGCAGACCCCCUGGAAUAUCACAGGAGUUUUUUGAAAGAGAACUGCCGGCCAGAUGGAAGGGAGUUGGGGGAGUUCAGAACCACAACAUUAAAUAUAGGCUCCAUAUCUACCGCCGAUGGCUCAGCCUUGGUGAAGAUUGGAAACACGACCGUCAUGUGUGGCAUUAAAGCAGAACUGACGAAUCCCCCUGUGGACUCACCCAGUAAAGGCUACAUCGUGCCCAACGUGGACCUUCCUCCACUGUGUUCCUCACGGUUCCGCCCAGGACCUCCAGCAGAACAGGCCCAGGCUGCCAGCCAGUUCAUCGCUGAUGUCAUCGAGAGCUCUGACGUGAUAAAGGCGGAGGAUUUGUGCAUUGAGAAGGGAAAGCUGUGCUGGGUGUUGUACUGCGACCUCAUGUGUCUGGACUACGAUGGGAACCUUCUGGAUGUCUGUCUCAUCGCCCUGCUGGCAGCUCUGAGGAACGCACGACUUCCAGAGGUCACUGUUGGCAAGGAAACGAGCACCCCUAAGGUCAACCUGGAGAAGAGGAGGGGCCUGAGGGUGAACAGGUGCCCCCUAGGGGCCACCUUCGCUGUGUUUGACAACUCUGUAGUGAUAGUGGACCCCACAGUGGAGGAGGAAAGCUUGUCCACGGCCACACUCACCGUGGUAACAGACGUGGAUGAGCGCCUGUACGCUGUCCACAAACCAGGAGGGACCUCCAUGUCAGGGGAGAAGCUGCAGGACUGCAUCAACCGAGCGUCCACCAGGCACCGGGAGCUCAGCCAGCUCAUGGAGCGGGUCCUCCAGGGCAGCACGACGCCGGAAUGAAGACCCACACAGACACACGCGCAGAGCCAGUUUCUUUUCUCUAAAAGUUGUAUUUUCCACUGUCAAUAUAUAUUCUUUUUUUUAUGACAAUAAAACUGCUGACAAAGACCAUUUA